UGACGAUAUAGGAACACUAAGCUACCUUGCCUCCUUCGCGGGCUUCUCUCUAGAAAUUCUGGUCUCAACUACCACUUUUUGGCUCCUUUAUAUGCCGUUGUGGAUGAAUCGUCAUCCAUUGAUGAUAUCGUUCUUCUGUUGUUUCCUCUAAUCUACGUCGUUUUCGAAAAAGCUGCUAAGACCGGGAGCUGUUUACAGCUUCAUUGGUGGCUUUCCGUCUCCGUACAAUACUGAUUCCUCGGCACUGAUGUGUUCGAGGGGCUUGUUAGGGUAAUAACUAAUAAAUGGGCUGCGUCUUCGGAAAGCCGUCGGAUGAAGGUCGUCCAAGCCCUCCUCGUAGCCGAAGUCUCGGUGAGUCAUCCAUCACCGUUGCGAAGGAGGAGACUAGGAGGCAGAGGCAAAAGACUAGGAAGAGGACCGAGUCUUCGGCGAGUGUUUCGGCACCGGAGUUCCGUAAGCAUAGGCCGGAAUACUGCCUGGGAACCCAGCAAGGCUGGCCAUCGUGGCUCGUCGCCUUCGCCGGAGAUGCGAUUAGUAAUUGGACACCCCGGCGAGCCAACACCUUUGAGAAACUCGAUAAGAUUGGGCAAGGGACCUAUAGCAAUGUGUACAAAGCUAGAGAUUUGAUAACAGGGAAAAUAGUUGCAUUGAAGAAGGUUAGAUUUGACAAUUUGGAGCCAGAGAGCGUGAAGUUCAUGGCCAGAGAGAUUCUGGUUCUGAGCAGGCUCAAUCAUCCCAAUGUGAUUAAGCUCGAGGGUCUGGUUACUUCAAGAAUGUCUUGUAGUCUUUACUUGGUUUUGGAGUACAUGGAGCAUGAUCUUACUGGCCUUGCUGCUCGUCAAGGGAUCAAGUUCACUGAGCCGGAGGUCAAAUGCUAUAUGAAACAGUUGCUGUCUGGGCUUGAGCAUUGCCACAACAGAGGUGUCUUGCACCGUGAUAUCAAGGGUUCCAAUUUACUUAUUGACAAUGAAGGUAUUCUAAAGAUUGCUGAUUUUGGCCUGGCUACUUUUUUUGAUCCUGACCGAAGGCAACCAAUGACCAGCCGAGUUGUUACCCUCUGGUACCGCCCCCCUGAACUUCUUCUUGGGGCUACUUGUUAUGGUGUCGACGUUGACCUUUGGAGUGCUGGCUGCAUUCUGGCUGAGUUACUUGGUGGGAAGCCAAUAAUGCCUGGAAGAACAGAGGUUGAACAAUUGCACAAGAUUUUUAAGUUAUGUGGCUCACCAUCCGAGGAAUAUUGGAAGAAAUCCAAAUUGCCAAAUGCAACACUUUUUAAGCCACAGCAGCCAUACAAGCGCUGCAUUGCAGAAACCUUCAAAGAUUUCCCACCUACUUCUUUACCUUUAAUUGAAACUCUUCUUUCGAUGGACCCUGAUGCGCGAGGGACUGCCACAGCAGCUCUAAAUAGCAAAUUCUUUGCCACUGAACCAUUUGCGUGUGAGCCAUCAAGUUUACCCAAGUAUCCUCCCAGCAAAGAAAUAGAUGUAAGGUUGAGAGAUGAAGACGCGAGAAGGCAAAAGGGUCUAAGUGGAAAGGCUAAUGCAGUUGAUGGUGCGAGACGAGUUAGAGUUCGUGACAGGGGUGGUCGUGCAAUCCCAGCCCCAGAAGCGAACGCAGAGAUUCCAGCGAACCUAGAUAGGUUGAGGGUCAUGUCACAGGUAAAUGCGAAAAGCAAAAGUGAGAAGUUUCCACCACCUCAUCAGGAUGGAGCAGUAGGACACCGGAUUGAACCAUCACAUAAAGGCCCUGUAUCAUUUGAAGCACCUGAUACUUCUUUUGGAUCGUCAAUUUUCGAUUCUAACCCAUCUGAUUCUGCUAAAAGUGCAGCAUCUGUUGGAGGCCCAUCCGGUAGGAGGAAAAGCAAUAAAGAACCCCAUCUGGCUCCGUCUGGUAAGUUUAUUCGCACAUUUAAUCCAUCCUCGAUCGGGCUAUCAAUGAGUUUGAUAUUCAAGGGCAAGUCUGCAAAUUUUGGCAGCCAGAAUCAGGGCGAAAGCAUAGUAGUAUGAGUUUGCAAUUCUUUUUUUAGAUAGAUCUUAGUUCAUAAAUGCAUUUUUGUUCAUCCUUGUAAUUCUCAUUUAUUAUUAUAAGUAUAUUCAUAUUAUCCUCUGAACAAAAACACGUUCACCUUUGUGUAUAAUCUGCAAAUGCAAUGCAAUUUUCCUGUACGGUUUUCCCAA